AUGAGUUCGUCAUCCUCAAGAAGACAUAUUACAAGAAGUACCAACCCUAUACAUGGACGUAGUCAUAGAGAACCAUCAUCGGCAUCACAUUCUAAUAAUACACCUGAUGAACAAAUUUCUGACGAUAGCGUUAUAGAAUCAGACGACGAGUCAAUGGGAACAGUUGAAGGCUAUAAUAGUAGUAUAAGAACAAGAAGAACAAAUAAAAAUAACAUUAUUUAUCAUCAGAGUGACGAGGAAGAAGAUAUGUUGGAGGAGGAGGAAGAAGAAGAAGAAGUAGAGGUAGAGGAAGACGAGGAAUUAGAGGAAGGAUUAAUUACGAGGGAAGAGGUUGAUUUUGAUAAUGAAGGGGAAGAAGAGAGUAGUGAAGAGGUGGAGGAGGAGGAGGAAGAUGAAGGUCAAAGUGAUUAUGAAGAAGUUGUUACGAAGAAAUCGUCAAGAGGUGUAAAGAAUUUACACCAACUAAAACAAACCUCACUACAAACUACACUAGUAGUAGUAGCUCUUCAAGAAAAAGAGGGAGGUAAGGACGCGAUAAAUAUUCGACGUGUAUUAACGAAAAGACAACGAGCAAAACUUGAUGAUAAUUAUGAAGAGGAUUUACUCGAACUUCCCAUGGAAGAAGAAAUAGCAUUAAAGAAAUCAGAAAUAGCAAGGAAAAGAAAGCAUCAGAGUAUACAACGAGCUGAACAAGACAAGAUGGAUACCAUCAAUAGAUUAUUAAAGAAACAAGCUACAAGAAAAAGAAAAGCAGACCAAGAUGAAAAUGAUAGUGCUAGCAACACUACUGCUUCUGCAACACUAACACUACCAUCAAAUUCAAUUCAUUAUGUUAAAUCUGUUGAUGGAUCAACUUUAUCAAUUCCAAUUGGUGUUGAGAUCCCCAUAAAAUUUGAAAAAGGUCCAAAGUAUCCUCCACCAAUUCCAUCAUGUUCAUUAUCUGGUUGUGAUAAACCUAAAAAAUAUCGUAAUGUAAAAAAAUUCGAAGAAUUUGCUUGUUCAAUGGAACAUUUGAAAUUAUUAAGUUCAUAA